UUAUUUUAGUCGACAUAUUAUAUUUAAAGCGGCUGUCAUCCAUCGCACAUUACAAUUUACUGUUUGUAUACAUCAUUUGUUUCAUUAUCUUGGGUGAAAUAUAUAAAGUUAGUAACACAUCCACACCUAGCGAUGGUGCAGCAAAAUAACCGGAUUGCUGAAAGUGGGAAUUCGAAAAUGAGCGGUCAAUUUUUAGUUCAGGACUACAUUUCGUCGACGAAGGGUGUAGAGAACAGGAAAUGUGAUGUUCAAUUAUCCUAUGACGACAACAAUACAGCGCGUCUUGUUUUGAGAAACGUCGACCCUGCGCUAAGGCCUGCUGAGGUGACCAUGUUAAUCAAGGCAAAUGACUGGAUCAUACAACAGCCUAAUAUUUCGGCUAAUACUUACUCACUUGUCAUGGCUAAAGCUUCGCGGCCCAACGAAUUUGUUCUCCUCGAGGCAAAGAAGGAAAGCGUCUCUGUGCUGAAAGCGAUGGAAGCAAAAUUGCGAGAAUAUUUGAAAGUGAUUUGCUACCGCAUCAAAGUACGACAAACGAACAGCAAAGACCCGCUUCUUGCUGACUUACACAUUUUGAGAGACAGACUCAUUAUUUUAAUGGGACGUGGACCACAUUUACGAAAGAUUUUGGAUUACCCAUUCACGAAAUCGGGCGACGGAAUAACCCUGAAAAGCAAUAAAGAACUUCUUGUUUUUGACGAGGUGGACAAUUAUUUUGUCAUCCUAGGUGAUCAAAAUAAGGAAAUAUGGCAGACGAUUCAGGGAUGCUUGAAAGCGAUGCGCAUUGGAGGUGGGAAAUCGAAAAUUGUAAAUAACUUGAGAUUACAGUUCGAAAACAAGCAAACAGAAAGUUCCGAUUUGCUGGAAAAGAAGAACUCUUCAAAAUUCAUCGAUAUGACGACAUGUCGGAGUUCCAAGGAACACGAUAAAGCGUCUAGCUUGUCCCCGAACCCAAAAAACGUAUACUUUAAUUUGCCAAUGCGGCCGUGCAAGUAUAUAUAUAUGAACUUACCUGAAGAGAGAAAGACACCACGUUUAAACCAUUCCUACAUUAACGUUUUUCAUCUCGCUUCCGUUUAUCAAAACUGGCGCAGCUUUACGAAAACCAAAGAAGAUAAAAUGGAACAACAGAACCACUCACAGUAUUCUGAUUUGCCCCAAUCACCUCCUCCCAGACCACCCAGACUUACGGCGCCACCCCUACCACCAAAGCCUAAAACCAAGAAUAAACCACCCACAUCGCCACUUCCUCCUCCUCCAAGACCGUCCGGCACCGACGAGACUCCCCCUCCGCUCUUCCCUCGAGUAGUUGAUCAACCUCCAUCACUUCCUCUACCCAGAUUACCUGAAAGUAGCUCAACGAAGGAAAUUCAAUAUGUUAUAUUCUCUUCAAAACCUAUGGUUGGACAAAUUUUAGUUAUACAAGUCGUACUUUUCCAGAAGAACGACUUCCGUACACUUGAGAGAAUCAAAAAAUUGGAAGAAGAGGCGAAUUAUCAAGUUUUAAAGUCGUUACCAGACAGCAUCAGUGUUUCCAAUGAUUUGAAAAUUUCUUUGGUUGAUAUUGACCAAUGCUGUACACUGAAAAGUGAUCAAGAACAGAUUAUAGAGCAUGAAAUUGUUAAAGAGGCCAUUCUUCAGUCUUGCUGGCUCAUCAUCGAGUUUCAUUUAGAGCACGAGUCAAGCUCACGGCGAAAUUUUCAUGGGAAAAUUCGUAUGGAACCUUGCACGAAUUCUAGUUCUAGGUCCUCACGUUCGUCAAAGGAAACGCAAAUAUCCACCACGUUUCAGGAUGCAACUCAAAAUGGCCCGUAUUCACCGACAAGAAUAGCGUACAAUCCUUUGACGUGCAUCGGCGUGAAAAAGUACCUCGAAGUUUGUAGUUUAAUGGACAUUCCAUGUGCGUUGCAUAACAAUUGGACUGGUCUAGCUGGAGAGGUUGGCCUCACCAUCGAAGAAGUGUUUAAAAUACAAAGUAGAGCUUGUUUUCCCAACUAUUCUCCGACGAAUGAAGUUAUAACAAUAUGGUCGCAAAGGCAGGGAAAGAGUUGCAACUUGGAGCAAUUUAAGGAGACGUUACGUAUUCUACAGCGGUUUGACGUGCUGGAUAUGUUGCACCAACAAGAUAGUUGAGUAUGAACAGGGAUUUGGGCAUGUCCAGCUUCAUUGCCCUCCGAAGGAUUACUGUAAUCUGCAGAAUGGCCAUGGAUAAUUGGGAUCGCAGAAGACGUACCACGCUCACCACCGACAAUCGCACUGAUAUAUUCGUGAAACAAUGUAAUGAUAACAUACGUACAAAUAAACGCCAUAGACGUCGCAUAGAAUGCCAUUCUAAUGACGAAACAUAUGUAGACUUUGGUGAUAAUAAGACUUAUGUAUACACCAUAUUGAACUUUAUUUGAAGUCUUUGGGAUGUUAGAGCGAUAAUUGGCUAAACUAUCAACGAGUAUUUUUAUAAUGAAAUGUCCAAAAGAAAACAUAAAUAAAGCUUUAUUUAAAUACUUUUUAUAA